AUGCAGUCAUCCAUGAUGGGCGGCACUCCCAUGGCCAACGCCCCCUCCAACUUUGGCGUCGCGCCCGGGCCGUCUUCAGCCGCUGCCGCUGCGUCCAACUCGCUUCCCAACGGCGCCCUCAAGUCGCCCAAUCCGCCAGGCUACUCCUCCGCCGAGGCUGCCGCAAACGCACAGGGCCUCGUCUACCCGGCCCUCCACCUCCAUCCGCUCAACGACACCUUUGCGCCCAAACAGAUCAGCCUCGCCCCGCCCGGUCCCAACAACCGCAUCAAGGUCGGCCGUCAGACAAACGCCAAAACGGUCCCAAAUCCCACCAACGGCUACUUUGACUCCAAGGUGCUCUCCCGCAUGCACGCCGAAGUUUGGAGCCAGAACGGCAAGGUCUACAUCAAGGACGUCAAGUCCUCCAACGGCACCUUUAUCAACGGCGAGCGACUCUCGCCAGAAGCGCAGGAGUCCGACGUCUUCGAGCUCCACAACGAAGACAUGGUCGAAUUCGGCAUCGACAUUGUCGGUGACGACAACAAGACCAUCAUCCAUCACAAGGUCGCCUGCCGCGUCUACCUCGUGCUCACCGCAGAAGACGCGCUCAGCCUCCGUCACGACUUUGCCAGCCUCUAUCGCGGCGGCAUGCACGGCGGCCCCCUCGGCAGCAACGGCGUCGGUCCAGGCGCAGAGGGCGGCCUGCGCAGAUCCAAGGCCGGCUUCAGCUUCGACCACGUCCUCUCCAAGCUCCAGAGCGAGCUUCAGAGGAGCAAAGACACCUGGAACGAUCUCGGCAGCCUCACCACCACCAUGCACGACAUCCACGAAACCCUCGGCGGCGGUCCCCCUCCCCUCGCCUCCGCCCCAUAUCCUCACAUGGUUCCACCCCUUCCCGGAGCCGUCAACGCGCAGCAGCAACAGCAACAGCAGCAACAGCAGCAACAGCAAGAUGAAGAGCAACAACGCGCCAAGGAUGCCGAGAACCACGCCGUCAACGAAGCACACUCGGCCACCAUCUCGGCGCUCCAGGCGCAACUCUCCGAGACCCAAAACUCGCUCGCCGCGCACGUUGACAAGAUCCGCAGCCUGGAAUCCAUCCUUUCCGAGCACGACUCGAUCAAGCGCGAAGUGAGCACCAUCAAGCUGCAAAUGGAAGAGGCAAGGCGCGAGAUGGACGCCGUCGCCUCGUCCUCUGCCUCGCGCCACCACCUCAACGGAUUCGGCACCAUCCGCGGCGCGCCACCUUUCGGUCGCCAAGUCGACCACGACGACUUUGACGACGGCGCCAGCGUAGCAAGCGUCGAGACGGUCACCAUGGACGCUGGCGGCGGUGACGAUGCGUCCGGCGUGCGUUCCCUCCAACACGUGGGUCCGCGCGCCCCGCCCGACAUGCCCGCCCAUCUCACCUCGGAAGAUGCCGCUGACGUUGAGUCUACGCAUGCGCCCGAGGUGUCGUCAGCAAACGAUGCAGAUGCUUCGAGCGCCCUGUCCACGACCGACGCUCAGCCUGGCGCACAUACGGACGACUCGUCUGCACUCACGCAGCACAACCUCGCCAAGCAGAACGGCGAGCGCGACCUGGAGCUUCGCGCGCAGAACGAGGCACUGUCUGCACGUCUCGAGCAGCUGGCGUCGCAGCUCGAGCAGGCACUCUCGCUGAGUCGCGGCCUGCAGGAGCAGCAUGCGCAGGUCACCGACACGGUCAAGACGCUCGAGCAGCGCGUGCACACGCUCGAAAAGGAGGUGGAGCACAAGACGGCCACCAUGACCAGCGCCAACGACGCCUCGCAGCAGUCGACGGCAGCGCUGCUCAACGGCUUCGAAAGCAGGUGGACCGAGUUCCGCACCGAGUUCGACGAGAGCUGGCGCAAGGAGCGCGAGGGCCUCCAGACGGAGCGCGACGAGCUGCGCCAGGUGGUGCGUGCGUGGGACGAGGCGAACCGCCGAAUGGAGGACGAGCUGAACAACACGGAUCUGGACGCGCACGCCGAAGACACCGACAGCAUGGGCUCGGCCGCAUCCGCAUCGAACCACGACACCGCACCCUCCGACCCAUCGUCAUCAGCCUCUCACGCUGCGGUGGCAUCGGAUGCGAGCGCAAGCCGCAGCAAGCGAGGCCAUGGUCGGCGCAAGCGCCACGUGAACAGUGCGCUGCGCACGUUGCUUUACGGCAGCGCCUCUGCAGGUCUCAUGCUGGGUACUGGCGGUCGGGAGCCCGACGAGGAGGACCAGUGGGAUGCGGCGACACGCGCGCGUCUGUCACGCCGAAGCCCGGACGAGGAUGCCAUGUCGACGAGCCAGUCAGUACGCAGCGUUGCCGAUUCGACAUCCACACGGCCGUCCACAUCCACCGAGGUUACCACGCCCGAGCUCGGCGCCGACACUUGUCGAGGCGAAGCGGGGUUGGAUGUCGACCACGCCAAGCACGAAGGCUCGCAUCCUCGGUCGCGUCAGCUUCGCCACGCGGCGGCGGCAGGGACGGGAGAGUCGAGCCGGCACGUGAAUGUGGUGGGCCCACAGACGCUGGCGGCGGCAGGCGUGGUGUUUGUGGGCAUGGCCGCGUUCAUAUUGGCGGGCAAAGACUUGUCGCGCUUCAACGGCGCGCUUUCCGGCAAGCCUUGA